AUCGUUACACGAGGUGUCUUCUGAGAAUCUUGUCAUCUUGGUGGAAAUGCGAAUGUAGUAGAUAGAUGGACAUACAGAUGUAGCUAGCAUGAAAAAUAAAUGAAUUUUAAUUUUGUUUUGUAAUUAAAGUAAAAAUUAGUUUUUAUUUAACAUGUGCGUCGGGUUUUCGAAAAAAAGACACAGGAUAAUAAAGUUCUGAUUUAGAUUCAAUUUUUUAUUUUAUAUUUAUGACAUCGCUAGGAACAUAUUAAGUUGUUUUCAGACCUGAUCGGUUUCUUUGAAUAAAAGAUUUUGCAGAUCAUGGAUAAUUUUACAUUGCCAAUACUUUUUGACAAUUCCACGGCGCAUUUUGAGAAUUCAACAUUGCCAGUUACUACGACACAUUUUGAGAAUUCCACACUGCCAGUUACUACGACAUAUUUUGAGAAUUCCACAUUACCGGUCACGACCCACUUUGAAAAUUUUACAACAGCCGCCGUCACGUUAACAACGGCGGGAGAAAACAUCACUAGACCAGAAAAGUUAUUUUGUGCUGACAGCAUUUGGGAUACUGAUUUGUUGUUGAGCUCUAGUUGGCCCCAGCUGACGUCAUGUUUCCAGGACACAGUUCUCAUCUAUGUGCCAUUCUCAUGUCUCUGGCUGCCAUUACCAUUCUAUUUAUACAUGUUGGCAUCAAAAAGGGUCAGUCCGUUACCCAUUUCCUGCCUCAGCAUUAUCAAAAUGUUCUUGGCCGCCUCCCUGAGCCUGCUCAGUCUGAUAACUAUAAUAGAAGACGCCAGUAAUGAUACAGGCGCACACCCCAUUUCCAUAUCACAUUAUGUGGCUAAUGGUAUCCGGGUCAUCUCAUAUGCUGUUGUUGCCAUCGUAACCCAAAUGGAGAGGAAAUACCACACCACCACUUCAGGAUUUCUCUUUCUCUUCUGGAUUUGUCUUGUCUGCUGUGAUGUUGUCCCUCUCUACACCAAGAUAAUCAUUCAGGAACACGAAGGAUCUCUGCUCAGAUUUGCACUUUUUGUUCUGGUGUAUGCCAUGGAAGUUCUGCAACUUUUGUUCAACUCUGUCUCAGAUUCCACCGGGGAGGACAGCUAUCUGGCUAACUCAAGUCCAGAAGUGAGAGCUUCAUUUCCCAGCAGAAUUUUCUACUGGUGGGUCACCAGAACAGUGUACAAUGGUUGGAGGAAAGACUUACAGGAAGAAGAUUUGUUUGUACUCAACCCUAGAGAUGAGAGUGAUAACCUCACACCAUUGUUUGAUAAACUCUGGAGAAAUGAGUGGACCAGAUUCAAGAGGAAAAGGAAGGAAGAAAAGUCUUAUGACAAAUUAGGAUAUCGUUUGUCUGACCUCUCCAAAUCUUAUGAGAGGCACGGUGAAAGGUCACCUCUGAUGGCUAAUAUGAAUGGAAAGGUUACUGAAAAUGGGCGUUACUACAAAACUGUUAAAAUGGACAGCACUUCAAGAAAUAAUACCAAACAGCCCAAGCCCUCUCUGUUGAGAGUUCUAGCACAGAUGGUGGGAUUAAAACUUUGCUUUGGACUUGUUCAAAAAAUGGUUUCUGAUAUAUUUUUAAUGAUAAGCCCAGUGCUUCUGAGCCUCCUUAUCAGUUAUGCUGACCAUGCGGAUGUUGAUUUUGUGUGGAAAGGCUAUGCCAUAGCUGUCCUGCUGUUUAUCACACAGAUGAUCAAAUCUGUGCUGUUUAACUUCAGUUUCUGGAUGUCGCAGAUUGUUGGCAUGCAGAUGAAGACCACGCUUAUUGCAGCUAUUUAUAAAAAGGCUCUAACAAUGAACAACGAGUCCAAGAAAGAAUCAACAGCAGGAGAGAUUGUCAACCUUAUGUCUGUCGACUGCCAGAGGGUCCAGGAUGUGAUGAAUUUUUUCUUCUACGCUUGGACCACUCCCUUUCAGGUUAUUAUAGCUAUAGCGGUGCUGUACCAGUACAUUGGCCCUUCUGUAUUUGCUGGUCUGGCUGUCCUGUUGCUGACCAUACCUUUUAACUCUUACGUAGCAUCAAAGCAGCAGCAGCUUCAGGUCAAGAAUUUAAAACACAAAGACUCCAGGCUCAGACUGACCAAUGAAGCUCUUUGUGGCAUGAAGGUGUUAAAAUUAUAUGCAUGGGAGCCACCCUUUCAUGAGAAAAUUUCUGACAUUCGAAGCGAGGAAACCAAAGUGUUGCUACACAUUGCCUACCUCAAUGUGUUUAUCAGUGUCAUAUUCAGUGCUGCUCCAUACCUUGUGAUGUUGGCCACAUUUGCUGUGUAUGUCAGUGUAUCUGAUGAAAAUCAUUUAGAUGCCAAUAAAGCCUUUGUUGCCCUCAGCUUUUUCAACCUUUUGAGAGUGCCUUUAGGGUUACUCUCUUCCAUUAUCUCAAUGAGUGUUCAGGCUGUUGUAUCUAUUGAGAGGAUAAACCUGUUUUUGUGUACAGGAGAUCUGAAAACUGAUAAUGUGAUCAAAGAUAGUCGAGCAAAUUUUGCUAUCGAAGUUGAAAAUGGAACUUUUACAUGGGACAAAGCUGCAGAGCCAUCAUUAAGAAACAUCAAUCUAAAAAUCCCUGAUGGUAAGCUGUACGCAGUUGUGGGCCCUGUUGGCAGUGGGAAAAGUUCAUUGGUGGCCGCCCUGCUGGGAGAGAUGGAGAGGUUAACUGGGAGGGCCAGUAUCAAGGACAAUGUAGCUUAUGUACCCCAGCAAGCAUGGAUCCAGAAUGCAACAGUAAAAGACAACAUCCUCUUUGGGAAGCCAUUUGAUAAGAAGAAAUAUAACAAAGUAAUUUCAGCUUGUGCAUUAGAAAGAGACCUGGAGAUCCUUUCAGCUGGUGAUAUGACAGAGAUUGGUGAAAAAGGAAUAAACUUGAGUGGAGGUCAGAAACAAAGGGUCAGCCUGGCCAGAGCGGUGUAUAGUGGUGCCAACAUCUUUAUCUUUGAUGACCCUCUGUCUGCUGUAGACACCCAUGUGGGCAAACAUAUUUUCAACAACGUCGUUAGCCAUAAGGGCAUCCUUAAGGGCAAGACAAGAGUUCUUGUGACACAUGGAGCCCACUGGCUGCCAAUGGUAGACUCUAUCAUCGUGUUGUACGAUGGAGAGAUACGAGAGGCAGGUAGCUAUGAGGACCUAAUGUCACAUAAUGGACCUUUUGCUGAGUUUAUCAGGACCUAUUUACUGCAAGGGGAUGAUAAUCCAGAGGACAGUGACCAAGAGAUUCAGGCUAUAAGGACUAGAAUCUGGAAUGAUGUAGAGAGUGCUACCUCUGAUGCUACCUCUGGGGAUGAAGGCUUCACCAGGUCAUCUCGUUUAGCUCGCAGACGAACUUUAUCGGUAACAAAUGAAUCAACAAUGACAAGUUCAUUGUUGAUGCGUUCACAGACCUUCAUUUAUGAAGAGGAAGAUGACAAGGGAGAUAAAAAUUUAGGGAAGCUAGUGCAGGCAGAGAAAUUGGAGAAAGGGAAGGUGAAAUUAGAUGUCUUCUGGACUUACAGUAAAGCAACUGGUACAUUUGCCAUUGCGUUGUCGUUUAUAUUCUUUGCCCUUUUCCAAGUGGCCAACGCCUGGUCAAACUUCUGGUUAACAGACUGGACAGGGGAUCCGUUACUGGCCAAUUCAAGCCUCAUACACACUGAAGAAUACACCAGUAGGAACAAUUAUUAUCUCUGGAUCUUUGGGGUAUUUGGAAUUGUUCAAGUUGGUUUCCUGGUGGCCCACAACAUCAUCUACUGGGUCAGGAUGGUGGUGGCUGCCAAGAGACUCCACUUUGGGAUGCUGACCUCCAUUUUUAGAUCGCCCAUGUCCUUCUUUGAUACGACCCCACUGGGCAGAAUUAUGAACCGCUUCUCCAGAGACAUAGAGGUAGUGGACAACAACCUUCCCAUCAUCAUACGAGACUACACGUCCACUCUGUUCAUCUGUCUGGUCACCUUGAUCAUCAUCUCCAUCAGCACCCCUCUCUUCCUGACCCUGGUUGUGCCUAUUAUGAUCUUGUACUACCUCAUACAGAGCUUCUAUGUCCCAACAUCUCGGCAGCUAAAGCGUAUUGAGUCUGUGACCCGCUCCCCCAUCUACACCCACUUCAGUGAAACCAUAUCAGGGGGCGCCACCAUCAGGGCUUACAAUGCAGCAGAGAGGUUCAUCAAGGAGUCUAAAACUAGGGUGGAUAGGAACAUGUCUUUUUACUACAUUGGCCUGGCAGCUAACAGAUGGCUUGGCAUGAAUCUGGAGCUGUUGGCCAAUAUCAUCAUUCUGGGCUCAGCCAUCUUUGCUGUCGUCACUCCUGGUAUAAGCGGAGGGGAUGUGGGUCUGUCUGUUUCAUAUGCCAUACAGGUUUCCAGUAAUUUGGUGUGGAUGGUCAGACAAAUGAGUGACCUUGAGACCAAUAUAGUAUCCGUGGAGCGACUGAAAGAAUAUUCUGAGCUGGAAUCAGAGGCAGAAUGGAUUGUCCCCCAUCGCAGGCCUGUCCCCGGCUGGCCCCUGGAUGGCAAGGUGAAGUUCUCAGGCUAUCAGACUAGGUACAGAGAGGGCCUGGACCUUGUUCUAAAAGGCAUUACCUGCGAGUUCAAACCCGGUGAAAAGAUUGGUAUAGUAGGCAGAACAGGGGCAGGUAAGUCAUCCCUUGCUUUAGCUUUGUUCCGGCUGAUUGAAGCCACAGAGGGCAGUAUUUCAGUGGAUGGGAUCAGAAUAUCAGACAUUGGUCUCCAUGAUGUGCGAUCAAGGCUCACUAUCUUACCUCAAGACCCUGUGUUAUUUUUUGGAACCUUGAGGAUGAAUUUAGAUCCAAUUAACGAAUAUAAUGACCACCAGCUGUGGGAUGCGCUGACCAGUGCCCACUUGAAAGAUUUUGUUGAAAACUUGUCAGAAGGUCUGGACUAUGAGGUGGGAGAAGAAGGGCAGAGUCUCAGUGUAGGACAGCGCCAGCUCGUGUGUUUGGCUAGAGCUCUGCUGAAGAAGACAAAAAUUCUCAUCUUGGACGAGGCCACGGCUGCUGUUGACAUGGAGACAGACACUCUCAUCCAGAACACCAUCAGGACAGAGUUCAGCACCUGCACCAUCAUCACCAUUGCACAUAGACUGAACACAAUCAUGGACUAUGAUAGAAUCAUGGUACUGGAUGCCGGAAUUGUGAAAGAGCUUGACUCACCAAGUGCAUUAUUAGCAAACACAGAUUCUAUUUUUUACUCAAUGGCAAAGGAAGCAAAUCUUGUCUGAUUUUAAUUAAAUUUAUUCUAUGUGAAUUUUUGUGUAAUUUUUUAAAAGAAUUUAAAAAAAAAAUCUUUAAAAGAUCACAAAUUGAAAAGCUAUUUGAUUGAGAGGAAAAGUUAAAUGUAUUUUAUUUGCUGUCAUAUUACUUAGCCCAACAUUUAAAAACAAUAAAGAUACUCAAGCUUCAUUUA